AUGGCGCCCUACCGAUACCAUGUCAGCGAUGGAAUUGAUACCUGCCCGCCCUACCACUACUCUCGCUGUGUUCCUCAAAUCCUCUACCCAACCGUUUGCGCGGCGGAUGACGGCUAUUUUCUUGUUGGUAUUCACGGAAAGCCUGCUCGAUCUGCCAAUUCCAACUACAUCAAACCCCUUGCGGAAAGAACUACCAACAAGAAGGCACACCAGCUCGUCGGCAGGCAUCCCCCCCCCUCUCAGACUGACUUCGUGUUGACAUCCUGCGAUGGAUGGCAAAGCAAACAACAUUUUCCAAAUUGA